AUGACGGAGAACAAGGAAAAUGAUUACAAUUUUCUCAGUAGAAACGAUACAUUCAAAAGGAUUUUAUUGAACAAGAUAAAAAAUAAAUGCUUUUGCUUUAAUUAUAUCAGAGAGUUCACGACUCAGAGUACCGACGAAAUUGACGUAACUUUUAUAAAUCAGGACAAUUAUGAAAAAACAGUUAAAGCUAAAGUUGGGGAUAGCAUAUUAAAAGUUGCUCAUGAAAAUAGCAUAAAUAUAGAAGGGGCAUGUGACGGUUUUUGUGCUUGUUCCACCUGUCAUGUGAUAAUUGAUGAAAAGUAUUACGACCUUUUGCCUGAAGCCCAAGAUAAUGAAAUUGACAUGUUAGAGCUAGCACCAUGUAUAACCGAAACUUCUAGAUUAGGAUGUCAGGUGAAACUAAAAAAGGAGCUAGAUGGAAUAAAAAUUAAAUUACCUCCCAUGACAAGAAAUUUUUAUGUAGAUGGUUAUGUCCCCACUCCCCAUUAA